ACUACAGUUCCCACGAGCCCUCGCGCGAAGCAGCUUGGAAGUGGGCAGCCUGGAAGUCACUCGGGCCACUGGAGCUGGCGGCGUCUCUAGCGAGCCGCGCGGUGCCGGACGCCGCGGUCGAGGAGCCCGCGGGGCGUGCAGCCGGGACGACGAGGUGCAUCGCCUUUGACCUAGGCUCUCGUGAGACCUGAAAGACCACACUGGUGUCCAGGGCAUACUGAACAUGGCUGGGAAGAUGCCCACCCCAUCCACAGUCCAUGGCCUGCAGCCGUCGCUCUUUCUGCCCUUCUGAGCCCCUGCGUCUGGAGCCCCCUGGAUGACACCUGCCUCCUGACAUUGCGCUUGCACUGCUGUCCACAGCGAUGGUGAAGAACUGGACUCUACAGGCUCACAACCUUCAAGUGCACUUUCGGGGGCCAGCACCCUUUGUUCCAGGACUGGCAGGCCUAAACAAUGGCUGAGGGCCAGUGGACCCCAUAGCGUUGUACCACGACUUCCAGGGGCAGCAGCACUCUAGUGCCCAAGGACUAUGACCACCUAUCGACCUCUUCCUAAUGAUGGUGUGGACCUGGCAGCCAGCUGUGGGGCCAGGGGCACCGAUAUCCUCCCUGGGCCCCACCCUGGGGACUACAUUCCCAUGGGAUUCUGGGCCCAGAACGGCAAUAUGUCCCAGCCUCUUGGUGAGAGCCCAGCCAUUGCUACCACCCGCCCUAGCCCCACCACCCCUGCGAUGCCCAAGAUGGGUGUGCGUGCCAGAGUGGCUGAUUGGCCACCCAAGCGAGAAGCCUUGAGAGAGCAGAGCAAUCCCAGCCCCUCACAGGACACAGAUAGUGUGAAGUCCACCAAAGUGGCCCAUUCCAUGAGAAAUGUACAGAAUGGACAGCUCCCCUCCAGCACUCCAGCUUCCUCAGGGUCCAGAGCUUUCCAUCGACUCUCUAGGAGAAGGUCUAAAGAUGUAGAAUUCCAGGAUGGGUGGCCCCGGUCCCCUGGCCGGGCCUUCCUUCCUCUGCGACAUCGAAGCAGCAGCGAGAUCACCCUCAGUGAGUGUGACGUGGAGGAACCUGGAGAGCCACGGGGGAGCCGGCACCCAGGGGUGCUGCCACUCUUCCGAGAGUAUGGCAGCACAUCGUCCAUCGAUGUGCAGGGUGUGCCAGAGCAGAGUUUCUUCGACAUCCUCAAUGAGUUCCGCAGCGAGCAGCCAGAGGCUCGUGGCUCCCAGAGCCUCAAUGAGCUCCUGCGGGUGGAUCCCAGCACCCUUCUCUCAGCGGGCAGCUGUGGAGCCAAGGGAGACGCCCGUAAUGGCCAGCCUGCCAAAGAUAGUCUCCAGACUCUGCAGCCCCUCAAGGAGAAGGAGAAGGCCCGGAAGAAACCUGCGUGGGGCCUGGGCAGUGGGGACACUGUAGAUUCGUCCAUCUUCAGGAAACUGAGGAGCAGUAAGCCUGAAGGAGAAAUGGGGCGGCCUCUGGGAGAGACUGAGGAGGGCCGAAGCCCCCCAGAAGCCAGUAGACCUUGGGUCUGCCAGAAGAGCUUCGCCCAUUUUGACGUGCAGAGCCUGCUGUUUGACCUCAAUGAGGCAGCUGCCAACAGGGUGUCAGUGGCCCAGAGGCGCAACACCACCACGGGGGCCUCAGCCGCCUCAGCCAUGGUGACGCUCCCAGCAUCCCGGGCCCACAGCCUGGGGACUCUGGACCCAGCCUUCACCAGCACGGAGGAUCUGAACUGCAAAGAGAACCUGGAGCAGGACCUGGGGGACGACAAUAGCAAUGACCUUCUUCUCAGCUGCCCACACUUCCGCAACGAGAUCGGUGGGGAGCAAGAGCGCAACGUCAGCUUCUCCCGGGCCUCCAUGGGCUCCCCAGGGGGCAACAAUGAGACCCACUUAACGGAGCCCACCCUGAGCAUCCACCGCACAAACGCCAGCAUCUCGGUGCUGGAGGUGCCCAAGGAGCAGCAGAGGACACAGAGCCGGCCCAGGCAGUACAGCAUCGAACAUGUGGACCUGGGUGCUCGUUACUACCAGGACUACUUUGUGGGCAAAGAGCAUGCCAAUUACUUCGGCGUGGAUGAAAAGCUGGGGCCCGUGGCGGUGAGCAUCAAGCGGGAGAAGCUGGAGGAUCACAAGGACCACGGACCUCAGUACCAGUACAGGAUCAUCUUCCGGACUCGAGAGCUCAUCACGCUUCGGGGCUCCAUUCUAGAGGACGCCACACCUACAGCCACCAAGCACGGGACAGGGCGGGGCCUGCCCCUGAAGGAUGCACUGGAAUAUGUCAUCCCAGAGCUCAACAUCCAUUGCUUGCGACUGGCUCUCAACACUCCCAGAGUCACCGAGCAGCUGCUGAAGCUCGAUGAGCAAGGGCUGUGCCGCAAGCACAAGGUGGGCAUCCUGUAUUGCAAGGCAGGCCAGAGCUCAGAGGAGGAGAUGUACAACAACGAGGAGGCCGGCCCUGCCUUUGAGGAGUUCCUGGACCUCCUGGGUGAGAAGGUCUGUCUGAAGGGCUUCACCAAGUACGCUGCCCAGCUGGAUGUCAAGACGGACUCAACGGGGACCCACUCUCUGUACACGACAUACCAGGACUACGAGAUCAUGUUCCACGUCUCCACCCUGCUCCCUUACACCCCCAACAACCGGCAGCAGCUGCUGAGGAAGAGGCACAUAGGGAAUGACAUCGUGACGAUCAUCUUCCAGGAACCAGGCGCGUUACCUUUCACCCCUAAGAACAUCCGCUCGCACUUCCAGCACGUCUUCAUCAUCGUCCGCGUCCAUAACCCCUGCACUGAGAAUGUCUGCUAUAGCAUGGCUGUGACCCGAUCCAAAGACGCUCCUCCUUUUGGCCCCCCUAUCCCUAAUGGAACCACAUUCCGAAAGUCUGAUGUCUUCAGAGACUUUUUGCUGGCCAAGGUAAUUAAUGCUGAGAACGCUGCACACAAAUCUGACAAAUUCCAUACGAUGGCCACCAGAACCCGCCAGGAGUACCUGAAGGACCUGGCUGAAAGCUGUGUCUCCAACACCCCCAUUGACUCCUCCGGCAAGUUUACCCUCAUCUCCCUGACCUCUAAGAAGAAAGAGAAGACGAAGGCCAGGGCGGGAGCGGAGCAGCACAGCGCUGGGGCCAUUGCCUGGCGCGUGGCGGCGCAGGACUACGCCCAGGGCGUGGAGAUAGACUGCAUCUUGGGGAUUUCCAAUGAGUUUGUGGUGCUCCUGGACCUGCGCACCAAGGAGGUGGUGUUCAACUGCUACUGUGGGGAUGUCAUUGGCUGGACCCCAGACUCCUCCACGCUGAAAAUCUUCUAUGGCCGGGGGGACCACAUCUUCCUGCAGGCUGCAGAGGGCUCUGUGGAGGACAUCAGGGACAUCGUCCAGAGGCUGAAGGUAAUGACCAACGGCUGGGAGACGGUGGAUAUGACCCUGCGGCGGAAUGGCCUAGGGCAGCUGGGCUUCCAUGUGAAGUACGAUGGGACAGUGGCUGAAGUGGAGGACUAUGGGUUUGCCUGGCAGGCUGGCCUCCGGCAAGGCAGCCGACUGGUGGAGAUCUGCAAGGUGGCUGUGGUGACACUGAGCCACGACCAGAUGAUUGACCUUUUGCGCACCUCCGUCACGGUGAAGGUAGUCAUCAUCCCGCCUUUUGAAGACGGCACUCCCCGACGGGGGUGGCCAGAGACCUAUGAUAUGAAUACUUCAGAGCCCAAGACGGAGUCAGAAACCACCAGCUCUGGGGGCCGGCCCCCCUACCGCAGCAAUGCUUCCUGGCAGUGGAGCGGGCCCGCCUCCCACAACUCUCUGCCAGCCACCAAGUGGACCACCCCUGCCACUCCCGGCCAUGCCCAGUCCCUGAGCCGACUCCCGAAGCAGACGCCCAUGGUCCCCUUCCGUGAGUCCCAGCCACUGCACAGCAAGAGACCUGUCAGCUUCCCAGAGACACCGUUCACAGCAUCACCAGCAGGGGCCGACAGAGUCCCUCCCUACAGACAGCCUUCUGGGAGCUUCUCCACCCCAGGAUCUGCCACCUACGCAAGAUACAAGCCGUCUCCGGAAAGGUACGCAGCCGCCCCGCACCCACUACUGUCUUUUGACCCUCACUUUAUCCACGAUGGGAUGUCCAGCGGUGACUCCUCUUCAGGUGGCCUGACUAGCCAGGAGAGCACCAUGGAGCGCCCAAAACCAGAGCCUCUGUGGCACGUGCCGGCCCAGGCCCGGCUCUCAGCCAUGGCUGGAAGCAGUGGCAGCAAGCAUCCCUCCAGGCAGGACACAGCUGGCAAAGAUUCUCCCAAUAGGCAUUCCAAAGGUGAACCUCAGUACUCAAGCCAUUCCAGCAGCAAUACCCUCUCCAGCAAUGCCUCCAGCAGCCACAGUGAUGAACGCUGGUUCGACCCUCUGGACCCCCUGGAGCCAGAACAGGACCCCUUCUCCAAGGGCGGCUCCAGUGACAGCGGCAUCGACACCACACUCUACACCUCCAGCCCCAGUUGUGUGUCCUUGGCCAAGGCACCCAGGCCAACCAAGCCACACAAGCCUCCUGGCCUUUGUGGCGGGGGCCGGGAGGCAGCCGGAAGACCCCACCCUGCGGACCGAAGGCGGGAAGUCUCUCCUGCACCUGUGGUGGCUGGCCAGAACAAGGGCUACCGGCCAAAGCUGUACUCCUCGGGCUCCAGUACCCCUCCAGGCCUGGUUGGGGGCAGCCGAGACCCACCAAGGCAACCCAGUGACAUGGGCUCCAGGGCUGGCUACCCCGCUCAGGUUUACAAAACAGCCAGUGCAGAGACUCCCCGGCCCUCCCAGCUCACUCAGUGCAGCCCCUUCCAGCUCUCCACGUCCGUCCCUAAGUCUUUCUUCUCCAAGCAACCAGCACACAACAAGCAUCCAACUGGAUGGAAGAGAACAGACGAGCCCCCACCACGGCCACUCCCCUUCACUGACACUAAGAAGCAGGUGGACACCAACACAAAGAAUGUCUUUGGUCAGCCUCGGCUAAGGGCGUCCCUGCGAGACCUCCGGUCCCCACGGAAGAACUACAAGUCAACGAUCGAGGACGACCUAAAGAAGCUCAUUAUCAUGGACAACCUGGGGCCAGAGCAGGAUCGGGACACGGGGUCCCCCCAGAAGAGCCUGCAGCGGACACUGUCAGAUGAGAGCCUGUGCAGUGGGCGCCGGGAGCCCAGCUUUGCCAACCCUGCCAGCCUGGAGCCAGGCCUGCCCAGCGAUGUACUCUUCACCAGCACCUGCGCCUUCCCCUCCAGCACACUGCCCGCCCGCCGCCAGCACCAGCACCCCCACACCCCCAGCGGGGCACCCAGCACCAUUCCAGCCAAUGGCAAUGGCUUCCCAGAGAAGAAAUCCACCAUCUCAGCCUCGGAGCUCUCACUGGCUGAUGGACGGGACCGGCCCCUACGGCGGCUUGACCCUGGAAUGAUGCCUCUCCCAGACACGGCUACUGGCCUUGAGUGGUCUAGCCUGGUGAAUGCUGCCAAGGCCUAUGAAGUGCAAAGAGCCGUCUCACUCUUCUCUCUCAAUGACCCAGCCCUGAGCCCAGACAUCCCUCCUGCACACAGUCCAGUCCACAGCCACCUGAGCUUGGAGCGGAGCCCACAGACUCCCAGGACCACCCCCACCAUGAGUGAGGAGCCACCCCUGGACCUGACAGGCAAGGUGUACCAACUGGAGGUGAUGCUGAAGCAGCUGCACACAGACCUGCAGAAGGAGAGGCAGGACAAGGUGGUGCUGCAAUCAGAGGUGGCCAGCCUUCGCCAGAACAAUCAGCGGUUGCAGGAGGAAUCACAGGCUGCCAGUGAGCAGCUACGCAAAUUCGCCGAGCUCUUCAGCAGGGAGAAGAAGGAACUCUGAGGCACCCUGGACUCAGCCCUAGAGCCUCCCUGGCUGUCAGGCAGUGGCUUCUGGUUGCAGGGGUGACAGGUCAUCCAGCCACAGCCCCGCACCCACUGCCCCCUGCAACCUUCUGUGGGGACUUAGCCCCAGGCGCAGUGAGCUAGCUUGACCCCUCUCAGCUGCUCCCUGUGGCCCUGCAAGCCUUGUAGCCUGUUCCUAAGACCCAGCUGCCUGGAGCUGUGUUAGUGGGAGGGGCCCAGGAGCCCCUGCAUGAGAACUAUGGAACAAAAUGGGCCCUUUCUUCCCCUAUUCUCUGAUGGUCCAGGGCUCCUCUGUCCCCAGUGCGCUGGCUCCAGACAGCAUGGACAUCACCCUCUGAGUCCCCCUUCCAUACAGGAACCAGGAGCACUUUCAUAGAGUUUAAAUUAUUUUCCUGGGGCCCCAGAAUAGACAAGAACCCCUACCAUCCAGAUCCACUCCUUUGAGAAACCCUGUUUGUACAGUAAAGACUGUUUAUACGAUCUUUUUCUAUCCGCUCCACUCUAGCAGACACAGGCCCCUCUGCCUUCAGCUACUGAUCCGCCAGCCGUGGGCUCCUCCCCUAGCACAACUAGGCCAUUGCCUCCCACUCCAGAGGCAGCAGGGACCCAGGGGACAGAGCUGAAGCACAGCCUUCACCUGUCUGGUCCUCUUUUCUUUUUCAAGUCUCCCUGGCCACACUCCAGCCGCCAGCGGCCACCAGACAUGCUCACUGUGCUCCCCGGGGAGCACUCAGUGCAACCCCCAGAGACGCUGAUUCUCCAAAGGCAAUAAGGGGCAGCUUGGUCUGGGCCUAUGCUGCCCACCCAGGAAACACAAAUUCCCUUUUUUUCCUUCUUUAAAAACAAACAGAAAAGAAUAUAUAUAUAUAUUUAUUUUUUCAUGUAGAGUUGUGCCAGAACAAGUUUGAAUGGCCACAAUCUGUGGGUUCUCCCACCCCAGGGUCAAGACAUGUCCGCAUGGGCCGGGGAUCAGUGUGAGGACCUGGAGGGAUGUGGGGGCAGCAGGCGGGGAGCAGUUGCCAGCAUUGGACCCAGAGCCAUGGCUAGAUGGCCCAGCCCUCAGCCCAGGACCCUUCACCUUCUCUUCGGGCCCAUGACCUCUCUGGAAGGACCCUGAGGCCACACACAACAGGCACUCCACUCCAGGUGUGCCAGACUGGAGGGCAGAAGGGUACCCACGGCUCCCUAUGACCCGCCCCUGGCCCUGGGGAACCCCGGGUUGUGAGGAAGCAGCCUGCCAUGUCCUCCACCCACCGUGGAAUGAUGGUGGCAGACCAGGCUACCCAGUGUCCUCGCAUCCUCGGCCCUGGCCAGCUACUGUGAUGUCCUCCUUUCCUGAUCCCCUUCCUGAAGGGUUCUCCAGCCCCUGCCCCUCCCCCUUCCCUCAGACACCAGACCUGGAGCCUGCCCCUCCCUUCCUCCCCCUACCUUCCUUUGCGCCCUCCCUCCCUCCCUUCAUUUCUUUCUUUAAUAUGUCUCCUCAUAUCUUCAGAUCAUUCAAAUCAUUUUGGGGACCUAAUCAUGUACAUUGACAAUUGUAAAUUAUAAUUUUUUGUUUUGUUCUAUUAUUUUUGUAAGAAUUUCUGCAAAAAAAAUAACUAUUUAAUUUGAGGUUGAUGUUCUGUCUGAUGGCUAGAGAUAGUAGCAGGCUUUUUUUCCAUGUUGAUUUGUUCCAUUUGGAUUUUUUAUCAUUCUUUAUUGUCUCCCCACCCCCACUCCCCUUUCCCAUUCCCAUCCCUGUCUUGAGAUUUCUGGCAUGUUUCAGGAGGUUUCAAAGGAAAUAAACGUUUCA